AUGUACACACGAACACACACUCUCUCGCCGCUCCCGACGGUUCUUCGACAUGGGCUCAAAGCCGUCGUUACGCUCUCGUUUUUCUCUCUCGUCACUUCCUUCUCGCUCCUAGUAUACCUAAUUGGCAGACUCGCAUGUUGGUAUCGGAGGACGAGUCCGAAGAAGGAACAACAACUACCUGCCACCACCACACAGGUUCCAGUCAUCGCCGGUCUACCCCACGAACUCGAGGCCCAGUAUAACGCAAACGGACAGACGAAGGGAUCGAGAGUCCCGAAUCAGUUCCUCAUUCUCCUACUCAAUGUGCUCUUCGCCGAUGCCAUCCAGGCCUGCGCCUUCUUCCUCGACGUUGUCUGGUUGGUGGAGGAUAAGAUCACCGACGACUCGGCCGCGUGCUGGGCCCAGGGGUGGUUCAUCUCUACGGGCGACCUGGCGUCUACCGCCUUUGUGGCAUUCAUCGCAGUACAUACCUAUCUCACCCUGGUCAGAGGUCUCAAGAUCUCGUGCAAGGCCUUCUACAGCACUAUCUUUCUUUUGUGGUUCUUUGUUUUGUUUAUGUCUGUACUUGGGGUGAUCAUCACCAACAACGGCGCCGGUAAAGGUGGUUUCUAUGUCCGCGACAUUACCUGGUGCUGGAUCAACUCAGAAUAUGAGGCUAUGCGGAUGUACUUACACUAUGCCUGGAUGCUCACCCUGAUCAUUACGGGAACCGUAUCGUAUGUCUUGGUCUUCGUCCACGUUCACCGGGCAGAUAAGGCAUUCCGAAGCGCCAGAAAGGCAGCCGCUGCUGCGGAAGAAGCCUCAUGUGACGGUGUACUGAGCCCCACGACCUUACCGAACGUCAUGUCGCAGCACAACCAGAAGACAGAGGUCCACAAGCGCAUCCUCUUCCUCUUCUACCCCAUUGUCUUCCUCCUAUGCACAGCGCCGCUGGCCCUGGGACGUAUCCUCAGCAGCGGGGGUAUCAAGCUCUCGGCAGAAUACCUCAUCUUCGCUGGCUGCAUGAUCACUUCCAACGGAUGGAUCGAUGUCCUCAUCUUCUCGAGCACGCGUAGCGGCAUUCUCUUUGACGCGCCAGUCGACGAGCAAAAUGUCGGCCUAGACACGUUCAACUUCACGCCCCUGGGUCAACAGUAUGGCCACAGGGUCUGGAUUGAGGGUGGCGCUUCGAAAGACGACUCGCAUAACAGGAAGCCGAGUGUAUUUCGCAGACCCUCGCGCCGCGCCAGGCUUGGCUCCGAGGCCAGCCACGACCGUAGCGAGAGUCAGACGUCGUUGCACGACCGGGACGUGUCUGGCCUCAAGGGCAUUCAGAUGGAGACUGUGACUCGGAUCUUUGUCGAAGAGGUGGACCCUGCGAAGAAUAAGAAGUACGCUAAUCGGACGUUAAACUCGAUGCCAUCUGAUGAGAGCGUUGGCGAACGCAAAAGCUGCUGUCUCUCCGUCGACAUCUCCGCCGGCCUUGGCUCUGGAUUGCUCCCUCAUCAUCUACAUGCAACACACCAGCCAUCGUCAAGUGAUUUGAGAAUGGCUUCAACCACUCAUCAACCAAGCAGAGGCCAAGCUUCGAAGACAACAACGCCCCUCAGACAGAUUAGGGCCUAUUUCGACGAUGAGACUAUCACGGUCUAUCAAGCGUACAACGCCGCCAUCGCAGAGGCAGCCGUUACUGCUCAGAAGCUCGACGCAUCCCCAAACUUCAAACUUUCCCGCAUGACCUGGAUCAAACCAAGCUGGGCAUGGAUGCUGUACCGCGCAGGUUAUUCAUACAAAGAUCGCGGCCAGGAGCGCAUCUUGGCGAUCAAAAUGACCCACGCCGGUUUCGUCGACCUUCUUCGUCAAAGCGUUUCAACCCACGGCAGCGAUUUGGAAAAGGGCGACGGGCGGGUGCGCGUCCAAUGGGACCCAGAACGCGAUGUGCGGUUGGAGAAGCUUCCGUAUCGAAGCAUUCAGAUUGGCAUUCCUGCUCGUAUCUGCGGCUCUUGGGUUGCUGAAGGAAUAGUUGGUAUUGAAGACGUGACGACCAGAGCGCGGGAGCUGAAAAGAGUCUUGGACGAGCGGCCUGAUGUCGGUGAUGACGAACUGGUAGCGUUAGGCCUGAUUUCCAUUGAGAAGGAAUUCCCAGUUCCCGAAGAUGUCAGAGAUAUCUUGGGAAUCGAUUCCUUCCUUGAAUGUCACUAG